UUUAAAAAUGCUAACGAACUUGGAGGAAAAACGUUGGCUUCCAAACAAGAUAACCUGCGUGGAUUGGAAAAAAAAUAAAAACUUGCCCACUUUUUUUCAAUAGCAUUUAAAUGUACAAGUGUUUCUUUAUUCCAGGCAUUACGAAUCACUUGGAAUUUUCUAUAUCGACCACUACAGUUUGAUUUUCUUCUUGAGCAGUUGUGAUCGUUUGUGCCAUUUAAAUAUGGCUGAUUGGCUAUAAAACUAUUUUUAAAAUACUCUAGCCUAGCGUCCUUGGUUACCGUUGAUCCAUGUACAGUACUCGUCAAUAAUCGUGAGAAUGUCAACACUGUGGACCGCAGUAUGGAGGAUAUCGCACCGGUAUUGAAGAACGGUGAAGAUGAAACUCUGUUGUAGUGUAAAAGAGGUGUUUUAAAGCUAUAAAGAUGGAUGACACAACGAAAAGGCUAUUUUCCGGACACAUUCGUAUUGAGGAUAUAGCAGAAAUUCCAGCGAGAACUGUCCGAGUUUUUCUCAACUCUACAGCUGAAGACAGCGUGACCGAAAGAAAUGCCAUCUUGGAGAGAGUUUACCCUCAACUGCGGGACCACUGCCGUCAGAAACACGGGGUAGAGUUUCAGCUGGUGGACCUAGAUUGGGGCUCCGAUCCCAACUGUGUCAAUCUGGACCAGUCGUUUUAUGACUUCCGGUUACGAGAACUCAGACGAUGUCAAAUUCUUUCAGCUGGACCGAGCUUAUUGGCUUUGGUAGGACAGCGAUAUGGUCAGAUAGGCCUGCAGUCUUCAAUACCGUCCGAGGAAUUCGAACUUUUAAGAAUGUGGCUUCAUAAUCAAAAGAGUCGAGACACCAGGACAGCUCCCCUGUUAGAUGAAUGGUACACCAAGGACUACAACUCUGUCCCUCCUGUUUAUUCUUUAAAGGACGCUGAACAGAAGAUAUCCGAUCUUUCCUCGAAUGAUCCGUCAGUGUUUAAUGAAGGAAUGACAAAAUGGCGAGAGGCUGAAGAGGAAAUGAUGAGAUUGUUACACAAAGCAGCUGAUGCCUGCUAUCUUCAAGGCCUCAUUGACGAGGGCAUUAAACAGAAAUACGUGUUGUCAGCCAUUGAUAACCUAAUGGUCAUGGGAAUAGAUGAAUUGACAUCACCAGAAAAUCACUGUUUUAUUGCGUUCCGGGAAAUUGCUGAUCUGAAAAAUUAUGUCAACGAUCCUCUGGCGAAAAAGUAUGCCGAUAUAUAUUUCAAUGAAAGAAAAGAACAGUUCGAAAUUGACCCAGUAUCAACUCAUCUGAUAAAAACGAUGUCGGAGCGAAGUAAAAAAUUAGUCACUGCCAAGAAUACCAAAUUUUACAGCGUUUUGUGGCGAUAUGAUGACGUCAUCAGCCCAAUUCACCAUAACGAUUACUUGACCAAGCUGUGUUCUGAUUUGUCGAUUACGUUAAAGGAAUUGAUUGAUAGAGAAGUUCCUAAAAACGUGGUUGAUGAAAAAGAUGAAGUGUAUGAUGAGUGUCACCAACAUUGGCUGAGAUGCAAGCAUUUAUCGGCAGAUUUUUACGGUCGUGAAACAGAUUAUGCCAAACUGGUUGAGUAUCUUCAAGGGGAGACUGAUCAGAUCAUGGUGAUUCACGGUGCUGCAGGUGUAGGGAAGACGGCUAUUCUUAGCAAAGUCGCCUCUCAGGUGCACGACCUAUUGGCGGAUGAGAAAAUUUGUUUGAUUAAGUACGUGGGAUACACUCCUAAAAGCGCAGACAUCAGGAAUUUACUGACCUCACUCUGUACGCAAAUUCUCGUGGGAUUAGAUCGAGAACAUGCAUCCGUUUCGCGAGAAUUCAAAGAACUGCAGAAAUUGUUUCUAUCUCUAUUGCAAUCAGUCCCAGAAAACAAAACAUUAGUGCUUUUCAUUGAUGCCAUUGAACAAAUGUUACCUGAUCAUAACGCACAUUUGUUGACAUGGCUCCCCCAAACUCUUAAGCCAAAUGUGAAAAUUAUUGUUAGCGUUAGCUCGGGGGACAGCGCAAUCGCACAGAAAUUAUGCAAUGAUGGUGACAAGAACACUCAAUACUAUGUACAUCUGAAACCUCUCUCGGUAACGGAGGCCGAUGGUCUGUUGUGUUACUACCUCAGCCGAUAUGGUCGUACGCUUUCAAACCAGCAAAGAAGUGCAUUUACGAAUGUAUUCCAAAAGUGUUCUCAACCUCUGUUUGUGUCCUUGUGUGCCGAAAAAUGUAAAUGUAUUCAUUCGUAUGAUUCUAUUGACACUGCCAACUUCAGCACGGGUUCUGAGGAAGCUAUAAGUGCAAUGUUCAACGACCUGGAGAAGAAGCACGGGUAUGAACUGGUUUCUAGAUCUAUGUCUUAUUUAGUUGGAUCGGUUACUGGACUUAGUGAUAGCGAAAUGGAAGACUUGCUAUCAUUGGACGAUUUUGUGACGAGUUCUGUGUACACCGAUCACAAGUCGUCUGUCUUGAGGGUGCCACAAAGCAAGUGGCUGCGGCUAAAAGACGACAUCGACCGCUAUUUAGUUCAGCGUGAGGUAGAUGGAGUGACGGUAUACAGAUGGAAGGAUGACCAAUUUGAUCUAAAUAUUAGGACAAGGUAUCUACAGGACGAAUCCAAAUCGAAGGAAAUAUACUCUUUGAUAGCGGACUACUACUUAGGUGUCUGGCAUGGGAAACCUAAACCAAUGUCAAAUAGUGAGAAACAGGCAAACAACUCAGGAUUCGAUCGACAAGUACCCUCACAGCCUCUUACUUUUGACAACGAAGGACAAGUACGUUUUAACAGAAGGAAAUACGACCAACUUCCUCGCCAUUUAUACAACGCCGAACGUUUAGGAGAACUUAAUCGUCUAGUUUUGUUCAACUACGAAUGGAUCUACAACAAAAUCAAAGCUCUGUCCCUACAACACAUCAUCGCAGACUUUGCUUUGAAUCCCAGUAAUGAAGCAUCUCUUGUUGAGGAAGCUUUACGAGUCGCUGAACAGGUUAUUGAAAAAGAUAUCGAUAACAUGGCUUCUGAAAUAUCGGGCCACCUCCUCCCUUAUUAUCAAUCUCAUCCAAACAUCCGGGCCUUGGUGCAUCAAUGUGACACAGCUGGACUGAAGCAAUGUGCGUUGAUACCCAAUUUCCCAUACCUUCAAGUACCAGGGAGUUCUCUACAGUUUGCUAUACACUGUGAUGCGCCAAUGGAGUAUUUCAGCCUAAUAAGUGAAGAACGUCUUCUUCUUACCAAAGAACGAGAGAGUUCUUUUGUGUACAUUUUUGACAUUGUUCUUGGAGAAAGGAAGUCCAACGUCUUUGCUUCAAACGGUGCCUUAUAUGUGACCCCAAAUGGCAGAUACUUCAUCAUUGUUGACCAUGUCACAGAAAAGGCUAUCAAAGUUCAUAAUGCAGAUACUGGAGCAUAUGUUGGACAAUUGAUUGUGCUGAAUCACAUUGAGUUGAAACCAAAAGAAAAAUAUAAAUUGGGUUCUAUUUGUCUCACAAAUGAUCGAGUAUGUGCCAUUGUAAGCACCGACAUCAGCUACCUUUGCAUCGCAAGCAUUGAAACAUGUCAGUUUCUACAAAUAAUUGGUCUAGAUGGGAAAUGCGAUGUUUGUACCAUAUCACACGAUGGAAAAUACGUGUUUUGCAACUCCAACGAAUUUCUGUUUGCGUACAAUUUGUACACGUUAGAACAUUUAUCAACAUUUUCCAUUGGAUUUCGGCCAAGUUGCAUAGUUGUCAGCAAAGAUGGCUUGAGAGCCUAUUUGACAAAUAACAUUGAAACAAAACUGAUGAUACUUCAUCUGAAUCAUGGAAAAGUAGAAAUGGCAUACAAGAGUGUUUUGGACAAAUACAUGCCUGACGACACGAUUAUGGAUUUGCGCAUUUCCCCAAAGGACGACAUGGUUCUUGUUCGUGGACUGAACAAUGUCAUCGUUUACAACAGGACAAAAGAGCGAGUGAUAUCCUCGUUUGUAAGACCAGUGAACGUACCAAAGGAAUUCAAACUUCCUAAAAGUCACUACAUAGAUCUGUUCUUCACAAACGCAGAAUUCACGCAUGGUGGCAAAUUUGUUAUUGCAACAUUAUUUCGAAAUAUCUACUUAUGGGAUGUAACCACUGGUGAAUUAGUAACCACUAUUCAAGCUCCAGUAGGAAUCGUUAAGGAAAUGAUAUAUUCUCCCAAACGCAGUCUUUUAAUCACUCACAUCGAACAUUGUCGUGAAUUCCAGGUUUGGAAUCUCGACGAAGCUGUCAAACCAGUGAAUAUGCUUGAUAAGCUAUCGGGCGCAAUCUCAGAUAUUCAGCUUACUCAUGUCGGAGAAACCGCAUAUGUAGUGUGCAAACGUAGUGAUGAAAUUGGCGUUAUUGAGAUGAGGAGUGGAAUAAUGGUGGAUCUUCUAACCCAUGACAGUCCCGUUGUCAGUUUUGCCAUCACACCAAGUGGUGAUUAUGCUCUAGUAUCUCUUGAACCGAAGAAAAAGGAUAUCAAUACCAAACUAUGGAAUUUACAAGAGAGAAGAGUUAUUAGAGAGUUUGGGAACGCUUCGGGUUACUGCAUUUCACCACACCAAGGCAAUUUUAUUUUGUUUGUGUCUCAGCAAGAAGUUGCAUUUAAAGCGCCUUACUUUAUAACCAUGUUCCAUAUGAGUGAUGGUGAAGUCAGUGAAUUCACUCAUCCCUUAGCUCUGAGGUUUGUCUUGGAAAAACCUUUCCUGACCAGUAAUGAUAAAUACCUUAUUGUUCUGACUGCGCAUGAAUAUCACGAGUCGCGAGCCGAGUACGAAACUCCAACGAUCUGUACGUUUUCCAUGGAUGAAGAGAUGAAAGUUUCGUACUUUACACCAGACAGUUUUCGGGAUUCUAUUCUGAUUGAUGCCAUUGUAGACAUGCAACCAUGUUUGGACAAUCCAUACACAAUUGCUGUCAUGUACAAGUCCAAAGAGAUGCUCGAUUACAACGAUAACAGUCCUUUUGAUGGACUAGGUGGUGGUUCCAGAUACGGGUUCAUGAUUCUCGAUAUAUGCAGUGGCUCUGUUGUCACAAUCUGCGAUCCGUUUUUAGUACCUAGCUUCAAACUCAAACAAAAACUACUGUUUGAUGCAGGUUAUUCCUUCUGUCUUGAUGACCAGUCAAAUAUCUUUGACAUCCGUGAAGGAUGUUACGUUGGACAGUUACAAAAACAAAACUCGCCCCCACGAGUUAUUGCCUUGAAUGGAGCUGUAGUAGUAUACUAUGACGGGAGUGUACUGUCAGCAUAUCGUCUUGGCUCUGGUGAAAUAAUCGCUAACUGUGACGUUCAUUCCAACAUUUGUUGCCUACAUCUUAGCAGAGAUGAGAGAACCCUGGUUGUUGGAUGCGAGGAUGGUGCCAUCGCCUCUUACGUUUUGAUAGAUCCAAAAACAGAAGAUCCAAACUUAGUUCUCUCACAGCUUGGAAGUCGACAAUUAGCAGCACCCAAAAUUGUAUCCGGACGUCGUAAUUCAAUACCGUGGGAUAAAGUAGAAGAGGGCGGCAGCGCACCCCAGUCCAGACCAGUGUCGGCUGUCGCAAAUGAGAAAACUGACAAAAUAAUCCUAAAGCAUAUUGAACCAGCUCCCGCCUUUAGACCUAGUUCUGACACGCUGAUAUACCUGAACACAAAGUCCAAGGCAUGUAGUAUAAUGUGAACAAAGUCGAGUGCAAGAAUUGUUCUCCUUGAUUUCUUUUAUUAUGUGUGGGGUAGAAGUUACAUUAGUUGAUAGUUAGUUACCGGUAGUCUACAUAAUCUAUAGUAUCUGUUUUGUCCCAUUUGCCAAACAAGCACCUGUGAUCUAUUCCGCUACAUGUGCAUCAAAUAAGAGAGCUAUAUUUUUAUCCUCUUAUUUUACGCUAUUACGUUAUACUGAUAUAUUGAAACUAUUGUAAUAUUAGAUAAAAUGUUAUUUUUUAAAAAGUAUACAAUAAAACUGUUUAGAUAUUG